AUGCCGCCGCCCCAACUCCCUUCUUCGCCGUUGCACAUAUCCCUUCUUCACCUCCACCAGCUCCCUUCCUCGUUGCCGCCCAGAUCCCUCCCUCGUCAAGUUGUGUGGCCGCCCAGCUCUGAUCCUCGUCGCGUCACGCUACCGCCUGACUGUCUCCAUCCUUCCUCUUCCCUUUCCAUCCACCGCUUGACCGUUGAGUUGCGCCGCCGCCUGACAGCCUCCAUCAUUGUCCCCAAGAGAGCAUACUGA